CCGAGCUGCGGGAAAGAAGGAAAGGCCUUGCGGUCCUCCCGUCUCCGCCGGGGGCUCGGGUCGGCCGGGCCGGUCGAGGAGAGGUUCCUGGCUCUGCACUCGCCCUUCGGAGGAGGUAGAAGAUGGCGGAAUCCUCGAGGAAGUCCUUCAAAGAUAGUCUGAGUGAUAUAAAACAACGUAUGAGAGAGAAAAGAACUCAGAAACGGUCAAAGCUGUGUAAAACUACCCAGUUCUCCACCGUAAAGGCCAAAACAGCGACCAAAAUCUCCAACAAAAUGAAGAUCAUUCAAGCAAACAACAGAGAUCUGGCUCUGUCCUUGCAAGAACAAAAGCUCAAACUGAGGGAAGCUGAAGCUACCAUUCUUCAGCUGAGGAAAGAUUAUCAUAUUUUGAAGAUUCAGAUGUUUGACUUGCAAAGAAAUCAUAGGUUCCAGCAAGAACAAGGACAUGUGGAGAAUCGACUGUCAGCAUUGAACGAGAUUAUUUCUAAAGUUUCUCAGAAUUUACUGGAUUCAGUCACUCUCCUUGGCCCAGCAAAGAAUUUGUGUUCCAUAGACAUGAAUGAAAGAGUGUUUCCUUCAGAUCCUGGAAACAAUUGUGGUGUCACAGGACCAAUGCAUCCAGUAGUACCUCUAAAGUGUGUUCUUGAAGAUGGUCAUGUACUUCCAAGUGGGACAGAAGCUGGUGGUGACAGAAAUUCUUUGUCAAGCAUCUGUGUGGAAUCUCACAGUGAUACUUCCUUCACCAAAAUAAUUCCAAGCGAAGGACAGCCAUCUGAUUUUCAUCUGAACAACAAUGAGCCAGCACUGGAAAACAUUUCUUUGAGCAUGAAGUUUGCAUUUGGUAGCAUGUUACCAAAAAGUAUAUCCACCAGACGUCACUUAUCAAAGAUGAGGAACCUUGAUGAAAUUUCUGCUGAUGUCUUGGACCAUUUAGAAGCACCGGAUUCAGUAAAAGAACUUGCUGAACAGAAUGAAGUUAGUCUUGAGGCAAGUCUAGAGAAGUGUGCUAUGGAAAAUAUAAAUGCAGUUGUUCCUCACUUGAAUGAAAGCAAGGUCAAUUCAGAGCUGGUGUUGAGGCAGAAAAAUUCUGAAACUGCACAGUUCAAAUUAAAAUGUAAUUCUGACCUUAAACAACCAGAGUGUAAAAGCAGAAAAAACCCUCAACGAAGGAAAGAAAAGUGCCAGAAAGGAAAACUGGAACAGCCACUUACUUCCCAAAAAAGACCAGGAAAACUAGGUAAAGAGACUUGCAAAGCAAAGCUGAGUUUCUUGGGUGACAUCAGUGAUGCUUAUGACUUUCAUUUGGAAGAGAGUGUCCAUCUUACACCUUUUCGUCAAAACAAGGUGAACAACAGUGAUGCGGAAGUGGAGGAUGAAGAAGACUCAGCUGAAACCAAUACCAUUGAGUCAAGCAGUACUGCAGGUGACUCAGACGACAGCCUCUAUGAGCCUUACAGGAGUAAAUCAAAGAAAAGGCGGAGUUCAGUGGACGAGAACCCUACAUCACCAAUCCAUCCAAGGCCAAGGUCUAAAAGAUGUUUGGCACAGCGUGAGCAGAAGCUCUGUCAUGAAGAAGAGACUGAAAACAACAAAUCAAGUGAUAAGUCUAUUAGGCAGCCUUCGGAGCCAUCUCGUGGGCAUCUCUGUGAUGUUACCAAUACAGCUGCAGUGUUCCCGAGCACCAGGGAUGUAGAAAUUGUCUCUGAAGGUGAAGGACCUCAGUCUCCAAAACGCAAGCCACGAAGGUGUACUUUUACUGUGAAUUACAAAGAACCACGUAUUACAGGGAAACUCAGGAGAGGAGAUCCAUUUACAGAUACACAGUUCCUGUGUUCUCCAAUUUUCAAGCUGAAAAAAGACAUUAAACGACGUUCCCAUAAGAGAGAUUCUAUGAAAAAACACAAUGAGAAAUUGGUUAGUUGUUUUUGAGAUUUUCAGCAAAACCACGCUUCUGCCAGGAAGAAAAUAAUUUCCUGGAUGACAUAUUUUGUUGCAAAGUAUGUUAUAUAAAUAUGUAAAUAGUUGUGUGUCUAGCAUUAAGGAUAUCAGCUUAAGGGGGCUUGGAUCUAUUCUAGUGACUUAUUUUUACUGGUAUGGACUGAUUACUUUUAUAACUGAAGUGAUUCUAUUCAAGCUCCUUUUGAGUGGAUCUGAGAGUAUAUGAGCACUCUGAUGGGCAAGAUGGCAAAUGUCCUCAUAUGGGUGAACUUCAGGCACUUAAAAUGUUUCGGGCAGGAAGUAUUUUAGUAACAGUGUUUGUACAGAUCUUGUUUGUGAGUGGUUGUAGUUUCAUGUUGAAUCUUACAAUAAACAUCUUAGUGUUUGGAAACAGCUCUGAGGGAGUUGAUGUUCUUUUGGCAGUUUCCAUAGUUAUUCCAAGGGCACUAAUGUCAGCAGUGAGCAUUACAGGCUUGUGUUCCCAUCUUAUCCUGCACUGAGUGCAAGUUAGAAUCAACCAGACAGUUCUUGUGAAGGUGGUGAAGGAGGCUCCACUUAAAAUAAUUUUGUCCCUGCUUUGCCCAGUGCCUUUCCUAGA